AGGGCUUUUAGCGUUGAUUGCUUCUCAGACAUCGCUGGUUUAGACAAACCUCUGGACACAAAGCUCAGGACUCCUGGAAUCAUCUGAAUCCCAAAGAUCCGGCCAUGGCCAAGACAGAUUUGUCUGAAAUGUCAUACAUUUGAAAAAAAAAAAAAAAAAAGGUGUUUCAACGCCUCGGAGCACGGGGGACUCUGGGACAGAGGUAUGUUUACUCUGGACACCCGUUGUGGACUGAGAGGAUGAAAUUGGUCUUCUUGUGACCGUUUCAAGAGAGGCUGGACCUGAAGAGGCCAGCUAGGAAGAAGAGAGGCCACCCUGGUCUGAGCUGUAACCAUGGGAACAAGGAUGGAGGUGGCACAGCUUGAGAGUCGGAUGGACACUGAGGACUAUAGAAAGCUACAGGGCCUUUUCCAGGACGCCUCUGGUGCAUCUCGCUCCUUGUCCAGAGCGGAAUUUAUCAAUCUGGCUUGGUCCUCGGUUGGCCGUGGCUCCAAGGAGGAGUAUGGCCUCCUGUUUGACAGUGUGGUUGUCACUCAGGAGCACCGCGGCCUCCUUCUGGACAUUGAUGCCGUGAAAGAAGAGGGACGGGUCGACUGGGGAGGCCUGUGCUCUUUCCUACUACUGGAGCUUUCUGAUAAAGUGAAGAACACCAGAACUGGCAGUCUGCCUUGCUGGAAGCCCCCGCGCACUUUGACCUGUCCACAUCGAGACUCGGUCCAAAAGGUGUUGCACCUGCAGAGUUCAGGUCAGUAUCUGACCGUGAGUAAAGGAGGAACUGUGGGUCUGCGGGACGGAGAGGACAUGUCCCUUCUGCACACUUGCCGACUGCAAAACAGCACAGUCACACCCAAAGACCUGUGGGUCACAGAUAUGGUGCUGCUGCACAACGUACACAAGAUUGCUGUGUCUUUCACUAGUAAGGAGGUGUGUUUUUAUGACAUACUGUCUAAACAGGACUUCAGCUGCAAGUAUAAACUCCAGGGUUUAAAGUUUGCUCCCUGGUGUCUAGACUACUGGGUGGAUCCCUCUCACCCGGACCAGGCUGUCCUCACCAUAGGAGACAUUGCAGGACAGGUCAGUGCUCUAUAUUUUACCUCAGCUCAUAUCUCUCUGUUUGAGAGACGCGGUCUGAGGACAGACUCCGAUUCAGCAGACAUCAUCCUAUGGGACGAGUUGAUCAAAGGAAAGCACUGCUCCUGUUACACUGUGACACACCGAGCUCACGUGCCUGCCUGGGUUAGAAAAGUACAUUACCUGGGCUCACUGGAAGCCUUUGUGUCAUGCAGCACCAGACCACAGAGCAGCAUGGUUAUCGGCUGGAGAGAAAAGCAAAGCAGAAGUCUGCGAGUCACUUCUUUCUUUACAAAGCGGGGUGUGUGGGACAUGGACCACCAUCAUGGACUCAAUCUGAUAGCCACAGCAGGUGUGGAUCAUCAGGUCUUGCUGUGGAACCCGUAUGUGACCUCAGAGCCAGUUUGUGCACUCAGUGGGCACACAGGCCCUGUCUCUGCAGUUCGCUUCAUGCAGACUAAGCAACAACUGCUCAGUUACUCCAAAGAUAAGGUCCUGUGUGUAUGGGAUGUAUCUAGUCAGUUGUGUGUUCACCGCCUGGUCGGUGUCUUCCCAAAGAUGCAGGAGGACACACAAACUCUGCUGUUCCUCCAUGAGGAGCGUCAACUCCUCCUGCUUUCCUUCAACAGCCUGCUUCUCCUGCUGGAGACCAUGAAGGAAGAGAAGAGGAUCAGCAGCCACGAACACCCCGUUACCUGUGUGCUGUAUAAUAGUCUGUUCAGACAGGUAGUCAGCAGUGACUCUGCCUCCACCGUGAUCUGCUGGUUGGCUGACACGGGCCAAAAGGUCAAGCAGUUCCACCGUUGCCAUGGCAACGCUGAGAUCUCCACCAUGGCCCUGGACGGUACCCAGACCCGGCUGUUUACUGCAGGCACUGACGGAGAGGUCAAAGUGUGGGACUUCAAUGGCCGCUGCCUCCACAGAAUGAACGCCGGCCUGGGUCGGGCUGUGGAGAUCUCACAGGUUCUGCUGCUAAAGAGGAGUAUACUGGUGAUGGGAUGGGAAAGGAUGUUAACAGUUUUCCGUCUGCACUCCUUCUCGCAGCCUUUUGUUGAACCGUCAGAGUGGAAGGGAGGCGUUCAGCAUCGCAGUGAUGUGCUCUGUGCUGCAUUCCAGCCUCCACAGACUCUGGUCACAGGAAGCUACGAUGGAGAGAUUAUGGUGUGGAACAGCAGCACAGAAAAGGCUUUGAGGAAACUACGGCCACAUGCUGAACACAGAGAAGGUAAUUUCUCUGCCAUCACUAGGCUGUUCUUUAUACCGGGACGCACGUCUGAGGCUGCAGCUACAGGUGGCGCAGACUUGGUGUCCUGUGGAGGUUCAGGUGUGGUCAGACUCUGGAACACUGUCUACAGCUGUCUGGUGGGACAGUUCACAGCUCACAACGGAGACCUGGGGUCUAUAGUUAUGACUGUCAGCCCCUGUGGAAAAUAUUUAGCUACGGCAGACAGGGAGGGAACACUCAAAAUUUGGGACAUUCAGCAUUAUUGUCUCGGGCCAGAUGAUGGAAUAACCAAAGAACCCCCGAAGCUACUGGGAAGUGUCCGCCCACACCUUGACCGUGUGACUCACCUGGAGAUGUGUUUCCAUGGCGAGAGACUCCUCCUUCUCUCUGCAUCAUCAGACUGCAGCGUGGCUCUUAGCUACCUGCCUGGAGAUACCAUCGGUCUGUUCGGACAGGAGGAGAAUUGGUGCUUGGAGAGACCUGGACCUCUACAACCACAGAGGGAACGAGGGCGGACCAGAAAGACCAGGUCACCUCCAGACCCCAGUGAGAUACUCCCAGAGUCUGACACUUUUGCAGAGGGUGGAGAGGUGGGGAUUUAAAGGCUAACAUUUUUUUGGGAAUCCUGUGGGACAGAGAAUCCACCCUUGUGUCACCCAUUAGUGGGGAUAAAAGACGUGGGAGGGCUGAAGCAGAAGUGGUCAGAAGAAAACCUUCAUCCAGAUAAAGAGUUGAGUCUGUCUAAAGUGCACUGUGCUGCAGUGGUACAGCUUCAAUUCCACUGCUCUGCUUUACUGUCUGCACAGUGUUUUUGAAUUGUCCUGUAGGUAAUUAAGACGGUCUGCCGUAAUUUCUGAUGAACAACUAAGUUUUAAAGGUAUUUGACAAGACCUUCUUGAUAUUAUUUACUCUAAAUUAUAUUUUAUCAUAACAGAGAACUAGGCUAUUGUCUGUGAUGCAGUCAUAAGAACUUAAAAGGGCAUUUUAUUUCUAUGCCUUAGGACAGUGAGAUGCGUAACAGUGAAAAGUCACAACUGCCUUUCACAACCGCAAAGAAUAAAAUAGCAUUUGUGAUGCUCCCAAUUCUGUGAUUUUACUCUGAUGCUAACAGAUCAGAAAGAGAUCACCUUCAACAUUGUUUCCUGGGGAAUAAGAGUGUCUUAUGGUUUGGAGGUGAAUGCACUGUUGUACUAUAAAAGUCAGUAAAAGUUGAACAGUCUUCAAUGGGGUUCUCAAAGUCAGUCUCCCAUUCAGUGCCAAUGGAGUAGCUUCAGGCAGGUACGGUUUAACACCGUACAUCAGAAGUUUUGAUUCUCUGGUUUUCUAGACUGAACAAAUACUGCGACAAAUUUGUGAACUCAGACAUUUUAUAAUCAUUAAACUAAGUCUUAAAUGUC